UACCGGAAAACCGGCUUGUCACCAUUCAAGAGAAAUGGCUGCUUUCUUUAUUACAAUAUAUUAGCAACAAAGCUACAGCAAGUGAUGUUUUCAAAGGGUAGAACUGUGCUUUUGAGACCAGUAGUGGCACAGUUUAGUGGUGUAAAGUAAUAUAAACGUAAAUGUUGCGUCGCAAUUUCUGCGAGUUUUGCUGUGAGCCACCUGUAUGCCGGCUAGCGAGUAGCUGCAAAGCCGAGACGUCGCUCAGCUUGUCUUCCAGCCCUGCUGCGGUCUGUUAAUGGUACACCGGAUCUCGAAACAGAUCCGAACCGCGUGUUUUGUUUUAGCCGAAGUUAGUAAAUCAGGUAACCCCGGGCCUAAAUGCCAGAACAAGGCCCCAGGAUGAAUGGGUUUUCUAUCGGCGAGCUGUGCUGGCUGUUCUGCUGUCCACCCUGUCCGAGUCGCAUCGCGGCCAAACUAGCUUUCCUUCCACCGGAGCCCACGUAUUCCAUGCACACCGACGCUAACGGGGUGACUAGCUUACAUUUAACCGAACGGGCAGACUGGCAAUACUCCCAGCGAGAGCUCGAUGCAGUGGAAGUGUUCACCACUAGAAGCAGCCGGGGUAACCGGGUAGCAUGCAUGUUUGUGCGUUGCGCUCCAAACAGUCGCUACACGCUGCUGUUUUCCCACGGCUACGGAGUCAGCACCGGCAAGCCUUCAGAGAAGAACCUGUAUGCGGACAUCGAGGCGGCCUGGCAGAUGCUGAGGAACAAGUGA